GUAAUGUGAGGCGUCGCGUUACCAUGGUAACACACCAACUUCAGUAACAAAGCGCAUGAAAAAUGUCUGCUCCGGUGGCAAAAGAGGAAAGACCGACGAAACGCACCCUGGUGCUGAGGCCCUCUUCUCGAAGAACAAACGUGUCAGUGUCGGGACCUCAGGGAGUCAACCAAAGCUCAAGGCAAACAAACAGCGUGAUCUUCUCCCCGAGCAAGAGGCGCCUGAGUCUGGCCGCUGGCAGCAGAGUUCUGGAGAAGAGCACCAUUCAAACUCCGAGACAGUCUGUUCGGGUGUUUGAUGAAGAAGACAAUGACGUCACUCCUCAGCCACUGUACCAAGCAGACCCAGGAGCAGUGCAGGCCAAAGCCAGCAGGUUCUUUGCGGAUGAAUUCUCAGCUGGAUCAUCAUCAGAUCAGACAACAACCACAGGGAGCUUCGCCAUGCCUUUCUCCAGGUCGGUAUUGGGAAGCAGCAGAAUAUCUAGCCAGUCCACAAUAGAGUCAUUGAAUGAGGAGAUUGAGGAUACAUUUUCCAAACGAGACCUGCCCAACUUCUACCCAGACGUGAGAGGCAAAAAGGACACAGUGAAAGAACAAAUGACAGAAGAUAUGUUGAAAGAGGUCAUAGACGUCUUCAUCACUGAGACGGAGGAUAUUUCACUGCUGGACAUACCCAGCACCUUCGUGUCAGUGCAAGCUGAUGAGGCACAAGACAUCAUAGAGAGGAACAGUCGCUAUGCCGAGGUUUGCAGGAAUAAGUUGGGCAAUGAUAACUAUGAGGACCGAUCGAUGCAGACAAUGAAUGGAGCUACUAAAAACAAACAGGUCCAGACUGACAGCAUGGUCAUGGUGGAAGCAGCCACGACUGUUACCACUUGGGACAUGUAUGACACCUUCUGCAGCACCGAUCAGGAAGAAGCUAUGGAUAAACCCACAGCAGAGAAGGAUGAUUAUCCAGAGGCUGUUGUGGACUCCAGUAGAGGCACAGAGAAGAGUGUGUCAAUGGGCAGCACAACCAGUACAGUCUGUGCCUCUUCAGUUAGUGUUUCUAGCUCGCUGAAAGAGGUGGAAGCAUUGGGGAACAGUUUUUACUCAGAGUCAGAACUGCAGCUCAUCAUGUUGUCGGAGAAAUUCCAGCACUGCUUACUAGUGAUGGAGAGGAGCAUACUGCGAAACAGCUUCCAACCUCAGCUGUCUGCUUACAGGCAACUCCCUGUACUACAAGAUCCAGAUAGCCCUAUGAAGCCUGGGGCUGUAGGUCAGAGACUGGGGGAUACCGAAAGUGCUCCAUCUCCAGCCCUGGAGUGUCUCUGGGUUUUCAGCUGUGAGCUGAGCAGAAGACGCAGCAUCAGCAGCAUGGCCUGGAACAAGAAGAACCCGGACCUCCUGGCUGUGGGAUAUGGCGAGUUUGACUCCCAGAACCAGAAAUCAGGUCUGGUGUGCUGCUGGUCUGUCAAAAACCUCAUGUGGCCUGAGCGUAUCAUCCACUGUGACAGCGCUGUGACUUCCCUGGAUUUCUCAGCCAGCAGCCCCAGUCAGCUAGCUGUGGGGAUGUAUGAUGGCAGCAUAGCUAUCUACAACAUGCAGAGUCAAGACAGCGAGUCACAUGUUAUCAGCAGCCGUGAAUGUCUCAACAGACACUUGGGGCCUGUCUGGCAGCUUAGGUGGACUCAGCAAGAGCUGAGCUUGACAGGAGAGGAAAAGGUAGAAGCUCUCUUCUCUGUGGGUGCAGAUGGCAGGAUAAGCAAAUGGUUUGUCUUCAACAAUGACCUCGACUGCAUAGACCUGAUGAAAAUCAAGAGAAUUCAUAAUCCAAAGAAGAAGGCAGGAGAGAAGAAGACAGAGAAGACGACAGAAAGUGUUCUGUCAGCGCUGACUCCUGGUCUGUGUUUUGACUUCCAUCCAACAGACUCCAAUAUAUACUUGGCUGGUACAUCAGAAGGUCUCAUCCACAAAUGUUCCUGUUCCAACAGUCAGCAGUUUCUGGAGACUUACAAGAAACACUGUUGUCCUGUGAACAGCAUCACUUGGUGUCCACUCCAUCCUGAUGUGUUCCUGAGCUGCUCCGCUGACUGGACCAUCCACCUUUGGAAGCAGGACCACCUGCAACCUGUGUUAAGCUUCACCUCCACCCAGAGGGCUGUGCACAACAUCAAGUGGUCUCCAAAGUGGGCCACAGUAUUUGGAGCUGUUAAUGAAGGACAACUAGAAAUCUGGGACCUGAAUUCAAGCCUUCUGGAGCCAGUCACUGUGAAGCCUGCUGCCCCUGGUGUGAGGAUGACGUCCCUGCUGUUUGCCUCACAGACAGACUGCGUUGUGGUGGGAGACAGUGAUGGACAAGUUACCUUCUACCAGCUCAAGAACCUUAGGAUGGGGGAAACCAGCCAGGUGGAAGUUCUAGAAAACCUACUGCAUUCUGUAGCUUCCAGAUAACUCCAGGAAACAGACAAAUUUAUAUCCAAUUUAUGGGUUUCUGUCUGCGGAAGAUUUA